AUGCAAAGACACGGAGGCAGGUUCGUGGCGAAUCUGGAUGGCGAGGCUAAAAAGUUGCCCAGGGAGCCGGUAGUGUGAGUGCGCGAGCCAGCGAGCGAGCGUGGCAUACCAGCGUUGCCAUCGUCAUGUCCAAGGAGUUUGCGUCCCCCCUACUGCUGGCUCAUAUGCCUGCCUGUCCCCCCUCGGCCCCCCCAUCCAGCGUCUGGAGGAGACAGCGCGCGUCUGCGGCAUCGUCGGCAGGAGCGGAUAGCAGCAGCAGCAGCAGCAGCUCGUCCUACAAGGUGCUCAAAUGGGUCAAUACGGGACACACUGUCACCUUUCCCGAAAGCGCAGACGAACCUAGAGGUGAAGAAGCGCAGGCUGAAGUAGCUGCUGUAGAAGCAGAAGCGCUUGCCCAAGCAGAAGCCCAAGCAGAAGCAGUCCAAGUGCAGGCAGAAGCAGAAGAAGAAGAAGCAGCUGCGCACAGUCACAAUAACGGCAACACGAGCGCAGAUACGACAAUGGACCUUCAUGAUCGGAUCGGUCAAGCGAGCGGAGAUGCGAGCGGCGGCGGUGCGAUGCAAGUGGAUGAACAAGUCGAUCUUGGCGCGCCUGCCGCAUCGCCCGGUGUGCAGCCCGUCUCGCAGUCCAUCACCCAAUCAUCUACUCCUCUGCUCCCGAGCAGCAGCAGCAGGAGCAGCAGCACGACCGGCGAAGCUCAAGUGCAAGUGAGCGCAGAGCUUCAUCCAGCUCCUUCGGCUUCCAAUCUGCUCUCGACGGGCGGUGGGGGUGUGGAGACGGCGGCGGGCAGUUCGGCAUCGCACGCGGCAGCAGGUGCGGCGGACGAGAACCCACCGGCAGAUGCUGAGCUGGAAGGAGUAAGCUUGCUCGGUGUGGAUGAGAGGGAUGCCCAAUUGCCAAAGUUGGACGAGGAAGCUACGCAGGGCUCGUCGGGUGCACAACGAGCCAUCUCGCCGAAUACGGCGCAACAGCCUGCUGCUGCUGCUGCUGCUGCUGCUCAGCUGUAG